GUUCUGAUCAUCCGUGAGCGGCGUGAGACGUAAGACCAAGAUGUCUGGUUUCGCUGGUUUCGGGCAGAGCGGAAACAACGCCAAACCAUUCAGUUUCGGCCAGACUCCUGCUUCCGGCUCUCAGCCUGCGACAAGCACCACACAACCAACCACCUCCCUCUUCGGUUCAUCAUCUACACCUCAGGCCUCUUCCGGCAGCUUGUUUGGGAGCACAAGUCAGCCGUCAGGUCAAGCCAGCGGAAGUGCGUUUGGAGGAUCAGGCUUUGGCAAUUCAGGCGGUAGCCUUUUCGGUGGAUCGGGCGGCACCUCUUCGAAUACUGCAAACACGGGAACUUCCUCACCAUUUUCUUUCGGUGCACCAGCACAGAAUUCUGCGAACCCUCCAUCAACAGGGACAGCGGCGGCGACAGCACCGUCUUCCACGACUCCUGCACCGCCCUCUGGAGGAUUCUCCUUUGGCGGCUUUGGAGCCGCGGCAGCUCCCGCUGCCAGUAGUGGUACCUCUACACCCAACUCUAAACCUACAUUUGGUGGGUUUGGACAAUCGACUACUCCCGCUGCGCCUCCCCCUUCUGGUUCUGGCAGUCUGUUCGCCCCGAAACCUGCUGCUACUUCUUCAACGACGACGCCUGGCGCAAGUCUUUUCGGCAACCCAUCCUCGUCAUCUGGGACAUCAACGCCAGCGACUGGUAAUGCAGCUUCUGCAAACACUGGAUCGCUCUUCGGUGCGAAACCAGCGGAAGGCAGUGCGACCGGAGGGGCGGCAUCUACAAGCUUGUUUGGAGCCAAGCCUGCAACGCCGGCACCUGCCACUGCUACUGCUCCAGCUGCAUCUGGAACAUCUACACCGACCGCUGCUCCUCCAGCUGGAGGUAGCUUGUUCUCUUUCGGCGCAAAGCCAGCCGCCUCAGCUAGUGGCACAAAUGGUGAAACCUCGAAAGCCCCAUCUCUUUUUGGCGCUCCAGCAGGGGGAAAUGAUGCCAGUAAAUCCACCAAUGCGGCUCCUGCUACAAGUAGCUCUUCCGGAGGCAGCCUAUUUGGAGGAGGCAGCUUGUUCGGUGCCAAACCUGCAGAAGGUGCAGGAGACGCUUCUAAACCGGUAGCGCCGACAGCACCCGCACCUGGAGGAUUCAGCUUUGGAGCACCUAAACCGGCAGCGGCUCCAGCAUCGGGUUCGACGACUGCGGAAACUGCAAAGCCUUCAGGAGGGUUCAGCUUUGGCGCUCCUGCCCCAUCAGUUACUGACAAGGCGUCCAAAGAAUCAGCGCCAGCUGCCUCUUCCAGUUCUGAACCACCAAAACAGGUCUUCAGCUUCGGUAACUUUGGAACGUCUUCGGUUACACCGACGACGGACAAGGAGAAGGCCGCUGCUCCUCCCCCAGCUGCGCCCUCUGCUCCCGCCUCUGGAUUCAGCUUUGGCAAUCUGGGAGGAGGAUCAUCUGCGACUCCUGCCGAAAAGGUAGCUGGUCCCCAGGCAUCAAAAGCUCCGGCUACUUCUGGAUUCAGCUUUGCUCCUUCCACCGCUACUACGGCGACAACGGAAAGCAAAGAUAAAGGCAAAGAGCCGGAAAAGAAGGCGGCGGAGCCUACGAAACCUGCAGGAGGAUUCAGUUUCGGAAGCUUUGCGCCGCCCGCCACUGGCAAUGCAGCGAGCAAGACCGCGGACACCAAUACCGCGCCCGCGCCCGCGCCCGCGCCCGCUGCUGGAUCCUUGUUCGGAGCUAAACCCGCUGAGGCUAGCAAAUCCGCCACGAGCUCUGUCCCGGCUCCGGCUGGCUCUUUGCCUGCUGCAGCCUCCACUGCUACUGGUCCAGGUCCCACAUCCACCGCCACAACAACGGAGCCCGCUCCGAAUCUUCUCAGAGGCAAGACGAUGGAAGAUAUCGUCGAAGGUUGGUCAAAGGAUCUCGAUGCUCAGGUCAAAGAAUUUGAGAGACAAGCAGGGGAAGUGAGAGAAUGGGACAAGGUCUUAUUGAGAAAUGGUGCUCAAAUCACCGCAUUGCACAGACAGGUCUUCGAAGCGCAGCAAAAUCAAGCCUCCGUGGACAAGGCUCUGGACCUCUUCGAGUCUCAGCAGAAGCAAUUGGAUGCCAUGAUGACCCAUUACGAAAGGGAGAUCAAUGCUUUCACUACGGACUCGACAAAGCCACUGGCAGCUCGACUGCCCGCAGAUCAGGAGAGAGAAAAGUCGUAUACUCUUGCCGAGGAUCUCAACAAACAACUGGACGACAUUUCCCGUAAUCUCUCGUCCAUGAUUGAAGAAGUCAAUUCUCUGUCAAUGACGCACGCACCGGCCAGUGGAGACGGCACUGAGGAUCCUGUCAAUCAACUGUCAGCCAUCCUGGGCGCUCAUUUAAGAGCGCUCAACUCAAUAGACAACAAUGCUGGUCGACUAGAGGACAAAGUGGUCGAGCUUGAAGCUAGAAUGGGUCACGAGCGAGGGAGAUUUGGUGCUCCCCGUCGAUGACGAGGGAAUUCGAUGCAAGUACAAGUAGAUGACUCUUCUUAAUGACAAUGUAUGAUGCAAGAGAAUGAUGUAC